AUGGCGAUUAUGAAGCUGCUCGAUCAUCCCAACAUUGUCCGCCUACAUGAGACUUUCGACGAUGAGCGGAAUGUGUACUUGGUGUUGGAGCUUUGCUCUGGAGGGGAACUCUUUGACCGCAUUGUUGCAGACGGAAAGUUCACGGAGCAGGUGGCUGCAUACUGUGUGCAGCAGAUGCUUCGUGCACUGAAUUACCUCCACAUCAACUGCAUCAUGCAUUGUGACCUGAAACCGGAGAACUGGUUGCUUGCAGACACGGAGCCGAUUCAGAAGUCUCACCUGAAGAUGGCGGACUUCGGCUUGUCGAAGCGUUUCACGCCCGGUGAGUUUGCGACCACCAAGGCCGGGGCUCCGUACUACGUGGCCCCUGAGGUUCUGGCUGGUCACUACAAUGAGCUGUGUGAUGUGUGGAGCAUUGGGGUGAUCAUGUACAUCCUACUGAGUGGCACGCCACCAUUCUCUGGUAGUGACACCAUGGCCGUCUUAGAGUCUGUCAAGCGUGCUGAGCUAUCUUUCGACAAGAAGGAGUGGAAGUUAAUCUCCAGGGAGGCGAAGGACAUGUUGAAGGUCCUUCUCACCAGAGAUCCGGCUCUGCGUGUAACCGCAGAAGCCGCUUUGAAAGAGGAGUGGCUUACCAAGCAGAUUGAUGUGCCGCACACAGACAUGAGCCAUGCCUCACAGGUCGUCGUGCAGAAUCUGAAGAGCUUUGCAGUGAUGAACAAGCUGAAGAAGGCAGCGCUGAAUAUCAUUGCAACACAGCUGACAGACGAUGCCAUCAAGGAGUUGAAGGAGCUCUUCAUCGCCAUGGAUGAUAACAAUGACGGCACACUUAGUGUAGCGGAACUGAAAGAUGGCUUGGUCAAGGCGGGAGUUGCUGUCCCCCCGGACCUCUACGCCAUGAUGGACCGGAUUGACACGGAUGGAAGCGGCGUCAUUGACUACACGGAGUUCAUGGCGGCCACGCUGGACAAGCGCCAGUUUGUGGCGGAGGAGGCGUGCUGGAGGGCUUUCAAGACUUUUGACCAAGAUGGCAGUGGUCACAUCGACAAGGAGGAGCUUAUGAAGCUGCUCGGAGGCGACAACCAGGUCUCGGAUGUCAUGCAGAUCAAGUACACGAAGCAGGAGGUUGAUGCCAUCAUGAAGGAGGUGGACCUUAAUGGAGAUGGUAAGAUUGACUUCGACGAGUUCCUAACAAUGAUGCGGCGAAUGCCAAAAGAUAAUAACAAGAAAUCAGCACCUUCCAUUGGGAUUGCUGUCAAGCGCCCUCGAACCACGUAG